AUAUAUAUAGAGUAAGUUGAAAAUAAUAAUAAAAUAAAUAAAUAUUAAUAGUAAGGCGAAUAAAUUGCAAAAAAUGAAGGGUGUGAAGGAGACCGCCGGCAACAUCGGCGCUUCGGCGGUGGCUGGAAUGGAGAAAACCAAAGCCGUCGUUCAAGAAAAGGUCGAGAGGAUGACGGCACACGAUCCAAUCGAAAAGGACAUGGCAACACAGAAGAAAGAAGAACGGAUCAGGCAAGCGGAGGAGAAGAAGCAAGUGAAAAUGGCCCAUGAUUCAAUCACGUCGUCGGGCAACCACCCGCACUCAUAUUCGAACACUACGGGUCCCACAACGGGCCAUUCGACCGGGCUUCACCAAAUGUCGGCCAUGCCUGGGCACGGCACCGGAGCUCCCACGGGACCGGUGACGGAGGGGGUGGUGGAGUCUCACCCGAUCGGAACUACGGACGUUCCCGGGCCUACGACCACCACCGCCGCCUCCCAUGUAGAGGAGCCUGGCGGCGCUGGUGCUAUCAAGGGCGGCUGUGGCUACGGAACUGGCGGCGCUCAUAACUAAUCGAUUAUGAGAUUAGUUUAUUUAUAAAUUUGUUUUUUAAAUUGGAUUUUGUGCGUUCCUAUAUAUAAUACUCCUAAGGUAUACUACGUAAUAAUGUAUGAAUGUUAACCCCUCGUGGUUUUCUCAAGUGGGUUUUUACUUUUUACUAUAUACUCCCUCCGUCCCAAAAAGUCCGACACGUUUCGAAAAAAUUGCGUCCCGUAAAAUUCGUUACAUUUCUAUUAAAAAAUCACUUUUAACCCU